CCAGGGUCCUGUCUUUAGCCCUGCCUCUUAACAUUUUCUUGGAUUCAACCUGCGUGGGUUUUUCAUUCUCUCAUCCAGCUCCACAGUCACUUCGGAACAUUUCCACCACCAUCACUCCUUUGGAAACUGAUUGCCUUGUUCCCUGGGGGCACAUGAUGUCUCUGCCUUUUUAUCAGAAACUUCACGAGCACUAUGAUCGCAGCUACCACAACAAAAACCUUCGCACCACCAUGAGCCAGUACCAGCAGGAGAAGAAAAGCUCGGCCAUCUACACCCACGGCUCCACUGCCUACAGCAGCCGCUCCUCCGCUGCCCACCGCCAGAAGUCCGAGGCCUUCAGCCAGGCGUCCGCCGCGUCCUACCAGCAGCAGGCUUCCCGGGCCUCCGAGUUUGCCCUCUCAUCUGCAGUCAGUCAGAAGGCUGCCUCAGCCUACGACUAUGGCUACUCCCACGGACUUACAGAUUCCAGUCUGAUGCUAGAAGAUUAUUCAUCCAAGUUGAGCCCCCAAACAAAGAGAGCCAAGAAAAGCCUUCUCUCUGGAGAGAAGAAAGAAAAUCUGCCAAGUGACUACAUGGUGCCCAUUUUCUCAGGACGCCAAGUGCAUGUCAGUGGAAUUACAGACACGGAAGAAGAAAGAAUUAAAGAAGCUGCUGCUUACAUAGCCCAGAGGAAUCUCCUUGCUAGAGAGGAAGGAGUCACGGCAGCCAAGCAGUCCACAGUAUCCGAACAGUCCACGUCCAUGCUUCGCCAGGAGGAAGGUUUUGAGAAGUCGAGGAAAGUUGCAAUUCGAGAAAAGGCAGAACACCUGUCACUGAAAAAAACGUUAGAAGAAACUGAGGCAUAUCAUAAAAAGUUGAAUGAAGAUAGUCUUCUCCAUGCUCCUGAAUUUGUCAUUAAACCUCGUUCCCACACUGUUUGGGAGAAAGAAAAUGUAAAAUUACACUGCUCUGUAGCCGGCUGGCCAGAACCUCGUCUCACAUGGUAUAAAAACCAGGUGCCAAUAGACGUCCAUGCAAACCCUGGAAAGUAUAUUAUCGAAAGCCGAUAUGGAAUGCACACUCUGGAGAUAAACGCGUGUGAUUUUGAAGACACCGCUCAGUACCGGGCCUCGGCGAUGAAUGUUAAAGGAGAGCUUUCAGCAUAUGCUUCGGUUGUGGUAAAGAGAUAUAAGGGAGAGUUUGAUGAGACUCGCUUCCAUGCGGGGGCCUCCACCUUGCCCCUCAGCUUUGCUGUGACCCCUUACGGUUAUGCGUCCAAGUUUGAGAUCCACUUUGAUGAUAAGUUUGAUGUGUCUUUCGGGAGAGAAGGCGAGACGUUGAGUCUAGGCUGCCGUGUAGUUAUCACUCCUGAAAUUAAACAUUUCCAGCCGGAGAUCCAGUGGUACCGAAAUGGGGCUCCUGUUUCUCCAUCAAAAUGGGUGCAAACACACUGGAGUGGAGAUCGGGCAACACUAACAUUUUCUCAUCUCAACAAGGAAGAUGAAGGUCUCUACACAAUCCAUGUACGAAUGGGAGAAUAUUAUGAGCAAUACAGCGCUUACGUCUUUGUUCGAGAUGCUGAUGCAGAGAUUGAAGGAGCCCCAGCCUCUCCCUUGGAUGUGGUGUCCUUGGAUGCCAACAAAGAUUAUAUCAUCAUCUCUUGGAAACAGCCGGCUGUGGAUGGAGGGAGUCCUAUUCUGGGAUAUUUUAUUGAUAAGUGUGAGGUGGGCACAGACAGCUGGUCUCAGUGCAAUGACACACCUGUGAAGUUUGCUCGUUUCCCAGUCACUGGAUUGAUAGAAGGUCGUUCUUACAUAUUCCGAGUUCGUGCUGUGAACAAAACUGGAAUAGGUCUCCCCUCUCGUGUUUCCGAGCCUGUGGCUGCUCUGGAUCCAGCUGAGAAAGCUAGACUUAAAAGUCGCCCUUCAGCACCCUGGACUGGACAGAUCAUUGUCACUGAGGAGGAACCGACAGAGGGUAUUGUUCCCGGGCCCCCCACAGACCUCUCUAUCAUCGAGGCCACACAGAGCUACGUGGUGCUGAGCUGGAAGCCCCCCCGUCAGCGUGGCCAUGAGGGCAUCCUCUACUUUGUAGAAAAGUGUGAUGCAGGAACAGAAAACUGGCAGCAGGUGAACAUGGAGCUCCCUGUGAAGUCUCCCCGCUUUGCUCUGUUUGACUUGACUGAGGGGAAAUCCUACCGGUUCCGAGUCCGCUGCUCCAAUUCAGCAGGAAUUGGUGAGCCCUCCGAGGCAACGGAAGUGACCAUGGUCGAGGACAAACUUGACAUCCCCAAGCCCCCGAGCAAUAUCAUCCCAAGCAGAAAUACAGACACAUCAGUUGUCGUUAUGUGGGAGGAAUCCAAAGAUGCUAAGGAGCUGGUCGGGUACUACAUAGAGUCAAGUAUUGUUGGCUCUGGCAAGUGGGAGCCCUGCAACAACAACCCCGUGAAGGGCACAAGGUUUACUUGUCAUGGACUGACUACCGGUCAGAGUUAUAUUUUCCGGGUCAGAGCAGUUAACGCAGCUGGACUUAGUGAAUAUUCACAAGAUUCAGAAGCAAUCGAAGUAAAAGCUGCUAUUGCGGCACCAUCUCCACCCUGUGAUAUCACUUGUCUUGAAAGUUUUCGUGACUCAAUGGUUCUUGGAUGGAAGCAACCAGAUAAAACUGGAGGGGCUGAAAUUACUGGCUAUUAUGUGAACUAUCGAGAAGUAAUUGAUGGGGUACCAGGAAGAUGGAGAGAAGCCAACAUCAAAGCUGUCAGUGAUGAGGCAUAUAAGAUUAGCAACUUGAAGGAGAACAUGGUAUAUCAGUUCCAAGUGGCAGCCAUGAACAUCGCUGGCUUGGGAGCACCCUCGGCAGUAAGCGCAAGCUUCAAAUGUGAAGAGUGGACCAUUGCUGUUCCAGGACCACCGCACAGUCUCAAGUACAGUGAAGUCAGAAAAACCUCCCUGGUUCUGCAGUGGAAGCCUCCAAUGCACUCAGGACGGACUCCGGUCACUGGCUACUUUGUGGACAUGAAGGAGGCCAGUGCCAAAGAGGACCAGUGGCGAGGACUCAAUGAGGCGGCUCUGAAAAACACAUACCUGAAGGUGCAAGGCCUCAAAGAGGGUGUCAGCUAUGUGUUCCGAGUCCGAGCCGUAAACCAGGCAGGUGUCGGGAAGCCGUCUGACCUUGCUGGGCCUGUUGUGGCAGAAACCCGUCCAGGAACCAAAGAACUUGUUGUAAAUGUGGAUGAUGAUGGAGUCAUUUCCUUGAACUUCGAAUGUGAUCAGAUGGCUCCAAAUUCUGAGUUCACCUGGUCCAAAGAUUAUGUCCCCACAGAGGAGUCUCCAAGAUUAGAGGUUGAAAGCAAAGGCAACAAGACGAAAAUGACCUUCAAAGACCUCGGGAUGGAAGACUUGGGCAUCUACUCUUGCGAUGUAACAGACACUGAUGGAAUAGCGUCAAGCUACUUGAUAGAUGAGGAAGAAUUGAAACGUUUACUUGCUCUCAGCCAAGAACACAAGUUCCCAACUGUCCCAGUUAAAUCAGAGUUGGCAGUUGAAAUUUUGGAGAAAGGCCGGGUCCGGUUUUGGAUGCAGGCUGAGAAGCUGUCUGGCAACGCCAAAGUCAACUACAUAGUUAACGACAAGGAAGUUUUUGAAGGGCCGAAAUAUAAGAUGCAUAUUGACCGAAACACUGGUAUAAUUGAGAUGUUUAUGGAAAAGCUACAGGAUGAGGAUGAGGGCACAUAUACUUUCCAGGUUCAAGAUGGAAGAGCAACUGGCCAUUCUACUCUUGUUCUCAUUGGAGAUGUUUAUAAAAAGCUCCAGAAAGAAGCUGAAUUCCAGCGUCAAGAAUUUAUCAGGAAACAAGGUCCACAUUUCGCUGAGUAUUUGAGCUGGGAAGUGACUGGUGAAUGUAAUGUACUAUUGAAAUGCAAGGUGGCAAAUAUUAAGAAGGAGACUCAUAUUGUGUGGUAUAAAGAUGAAAGGGAGAUAUCAGUGGAUGAAAAGCAUGACUUUAAGGACGGUAUAUGUACCCUCCUUAUAACAGAGUUUUCAAAGAAAGAUGCUGGGAUUUAUGAAGUUAUCCUGAAAGACGACAGAGGAAAAGAUAAGAGCAGAUUGAAGCUUGUGGAUGAAGCCUUUAAAGAACUGAUGGCUGAAGUAUGUAAAACAAUAGCUUUGUCUGCAACAGACCUGAAGAUCCAGAGCACAGUUGAGGGCAUCCGGCUGUACUCUCUUGUUACUUACUACGUGGAUGAUCUGAAAGUUAACUGGUCCCACAACGGGACUGCUAUUAAGUACACAGACAGAGUUAAGAGUGGGGUCACCGGGGAGCAAAUCUGGCUGCAGAUCAACGAGCCCACUCCGAAUGACAAAGGGAAAUACGUGAUGGAGCUCUUUGAUGGCAAAACUGGACACCAGAAGACAGUGGAUCUUUCUGGACAAGCGUACGACGAAGCCUUUGAAGAAUUCCAGAGAUUAAAACAAGCUGCCAUCGUGGAGAAAAAUCGCGCCCGGGUAGUGGGAGGUCUCCCCGAUGUGGUCACCAUCCAGGAGGGCAAGGCGCUUAACCUCACCUGCAUAGUGUGGGGAGACCCGACUCCGGAGGUCUCCUGGCUGAAGAACGAGAAGAUCUUGGCCUCGGACGAGCACUGCAACCUCAGGUUCGAGGCCGGCAAGACCGCCUACUUCACCAUCAGCGGGGUCAGAACGUCCGACUCGGGCAAGUAUGGGCUGGUCGUGAAGAACAAGUACGGCUCGGAGACCAGCGACUUCACCGUCAGCGUGUUCAUCCCGGAGGAGGAGGCGAGGACAGUCGCCGAGGAGCGCCCGAAGGGCAACAAGAAGGCCAAGUGACCGGAGGGCGAGUGGGCCGAGGGGGGCGAGCCACCCCGCACUGCCUCGGGCUACGUGUGUGCGAAGGGUUCGAGCUGAGCGCGAGGAACUCUCCGUGCUUCCUACUCCCUAUUUUUGUGCUGGCUUUGGGGGUCGGGGGGGAUUGUCAAAUCUUUAUUCAUAUAAGAAAGCACCAACUAACGACAUUUUAAUCGUUUUUCUUUACCUACAAAUUGUGUUAAGAAAAUAACAUUGGUAGCGCAAAUAUUAGGAAACAGUUUUAAGGCAAAGAGCAGGGUAAAGUCAGAGGGCCGUUGAACGGGGGCGGGAGACACGUUCUGUGGAGCCGUCUGGACCCGCCAGCCUCUCAGCAGUCAGUUCUCCUGGUUCGCAGUGAGGCGGCAGCAUCCAGUCAGACGAGACAAGCUAUUAAGUCAGCCAGCCUGUGUCGUGUGUUGUAACAAGAGCCGUGUUGUUCUGUGGGCGGCCUGGCGAUUUGGAAGCUCUGGGUCCUAAUAAACAGUUCACACCCCUCCGCUCCCCCGUCAGUGCUUCUCUCCUUCUUACUGGUUUAGCUGCCCAGCUGGGUGGCCUCCGCUGGGUGACCUUUCUGGCCUCUUCUUGUAACACGUCUUCUGAAUUUUAAAUUCCUUUUGGUUGAAGCAGUGCCUUCACAACACAAUCACAUAAGGCAUCCCAGGUCGGUUGAUGCUCAGAGGUGUGAACUUGCUCCGUCGCUGUGCAUCUGGUAGCUCACCAGGCGAUCUGUCAGGUCUCCUCCAUUGUUAAGAUACCCGGAGUCACCGAAUGUAAUGUGUCAACAGAGGAUAAUAAGACGGCGUGGGGCGUCUAGCACCAGAAUUGGCGACUAAGGCCACAGCUGAGAAUAAAAGGCACUACAGGAUGGUCACUCUAAGUUCAGAGAACUGCCAGGUCUGGGGCCUGCCCCUUGCGGCAGCGUUUCUGCUUGAGGGAAUUUGGGCUUUCCCCACCCCUACCCCUAACCCCCAACCACCACAGACACACAGACACACACACACACACACACACACACACACACACAACACAGGAGGAAAAGAGUAACUGUGAAAGCCACCCCUGCCUUCGUCCUGUCAAGGGUCAGGGAUGGGACGACAGAGUCCCUCACACAGUUUGGAGGGGCACGUACACAUCCUCUCCUUUGCAAAGACCAGGACUGCAACUUGCCUCUCACCUGACUGUAGCCCCCACUAUCGCCCUGACGCCAACCACCGGCAGGAGUGAGCUGCUGCCCUCCCGCUGUCAGACACGGCAGGUGGAUGUUUCCCGGGGUCCCCUGGACCCUGCAGAAAGUGCCGGCCUGAGCAGGCUGACCUUCUCCUCCCAGGACGAGUGGACCCAGAAGGAAAGUGUUUAAUUAUCUAAAACAUUACAAGUACAUAAAAAUCAAAUAUGCACAGACUCCAUAAGGCAAAAAUGCUCAUUUUACCUAGAUGUAGCCCCUAGAGCCUGAGACUGGAGUUCUAAUACCCAGGCCAGAAUGAGAGGCAUGGAUUCGGAUCGCUUGCGAUGGGGAACCGCACACCAAGACCUCAGCACAGCGCUGGGAUGCACAAAAGGUGGUUUAGACAAAAAAAAAACAAGGAUAGUAAAAAUAUCACCAGCUGACAUGGAGAAGCUCUACUGAAGCUCGCCAUCUGCCUGGGAGUGGUUCUGGGGAGAAAAACAAAGUUAACGGGUUCCUCAAGCCCGUACUGCAUACUCGUGGGGUCCACAUUUACAGCAAGCACCACAUGGUAUAGGUAUCCCAAGCCAAGGGUUCCCAUAAAAAUGGCCAGUGUCUGGGCCCCAGAGAAGCAAAUGUAAAACGACACUACAAGAAACUUCUGUGUCUGCCCACAAAGGAUCGCUGUUAUGGAAAUUAUCCUCCCACCAUAAACAACUAGAAAACCAGGCACAAUAUAUGUGGAAAAAAACUCUUUGGGGCGUUGGCUAGUGAAUAUGCAGGGCUGUGAUGCCCCAGAGAAAGGGAAACAGUAACGAAAGACCUGUGAUUUCUCCAACUUGGUGCCUGGACAGUGUUCAGGCUGCAGUCCAGCCAGGGGGACCAAGAGAGAACCUGUCAGUCUCACUGAGUUGAGGAGUUAGAGACUGAAGUUCAAGGAGGCUGAAGUGGCUGGGAUUCAUAGGAAAGGGCAAUGGAGGGAAGAGUUGCACAGAGAGGAGCCACAACUACUGAGCCCACGUGCUGCAACUACUGAAGCCUGCGCUCCUAGAGCCCGCGCUCUGGGAAGAGUUGCCCAGAGAGGAGCACGGGCUGCAGCAGACAGGUCUCUGGCUGAGCGCUGCUCUGUGAGUGCGGGAGAACCCUGGGAGGUGGGGGGACAAGGAGUCCUGGGAGCUCACACAGACUGGGAGCAGUUCUCCUCCCCACCAGCCGGAAUGAAAAUGUUCAAUGUAAUACAUGGAAUAUUGGGUAGAGGCUUCAGAAGUUGCUCACCUUAGUAGUGGGGCUAAAUUAACUCUAACUGAAAGCUGCCCUGGACACACCCUCACAAAGCUUGAAAGCAGGCCUCCAGAGGAUCAAAUAUCUAUGGUCACCUAAUAGUGUGUCAGGACAAAGUGCAGCACACUUUAAAUGAAUGCAUCAUCCAGCAGUGUGAAAUUCAUAACAGCUGGCAUCCAAUCAAAAUCAGCAGGUGUGCAAAGAAGCAAGAAAAUAUGAUUGAUAACCAGGAGAAAAGUACAUUAAAGAUAAGUUCUGUGGAUGUAAUGUACAGCAUGUAAAUAUUAUUACAAUAGUUAAUAAUACUGUACUGCAUAUUUACAAGUUCCUAAGAGAGUAGAUGGUAAAAGUUCUCAUCACAAGAAAAAGAAAUUUGUAACUAUGUGAGGUGUUGUUAACUAAACUUAUUGUGGUAAUCAUUUCACAAUAUAU